CCCAGCCCCCCGUCGCCGUCUCCCCCCAGUCCUCCUCCAUCUCCGCUUCCUCCGUCACCUUACCCCAGACCUCCACCCCCGCCACCGCCGCCACUCACGCAGCAGCGCCUGCCCCCACCUAGUUCAACGCCCCCAAGCCCUCAGCCACCCAGCAGCCCAGACCCCCCACCGCCCUCUCCAUCACCACCUCCUCCUUUACCGCCGCCAACCCCACCACCUCUCAGCCCUGCGACACCCCUGCCACCUUCCCCCUCGCCCCCCAGUCCUUCUCCGCAGACACCAUCUCUACGGUCUCCACCAGCUGUCCUUGCCUCGCCACCGCUAUCUUCACAGCGGCCCCCCGUUUCCCCGUCCGGCCCGAUGUCCACGUCACCACCCUCUAGCUCCCCUUUACUCUCACCACCGCUGGCACAUCCGUUGACGCCACAGUUACUGAGCCCUUCACCGCCUCCGGCACGACGUCUUCGUCCCCCGCCACCUCCACUCCAACCCAGCCAGCCGCUGCCACCACCUCCAGCCGUCACCUACUGGGCCACAUCAGCCACCGGCCCCUUCGACCCCUUGGGCACCGGCUCUGCCCCCGGCGCCGUGAGCCGCCUGGUGGGGCCCCCUAGCGCCAAGGUGAUGUCCAUCAAGGGCUGCAAGACCUCGCCCACACUGGGCUGGGUGGCAACCAUCAAGAACCCUCGCUACGUGGAGGCCCAGUUCAACCAGACCCCAGCUGUUACCCUCAGCCAACUGGAUAGCGUCAAGGUCUACGUGGCCAGCGCCGGCACCGUCACCCCAGCCAUCGCAUCCAUUGAAGUGCUGCUGCAGAUGCCGGGAGAGGUUGACCUCCAGGCGGUGACCAUGUACACGGGGGAUGCACAGCAACGUCUGAAGUGCGCGGCCCUCAACUACUUUGCCGUGUCGCUUGACACGCUGCAGCCCUCUGUGACGGCAGAGGCAGCCAGUACGGCUGUCGUGCGUGCCGUACGCAUCAGGGCUACCAGCGACCCGACCGUGAGGGACAAGGCAGACCUGCCGGUCCUGGCCGCUGUGGGGCUGGACUGCAACCAGUAGGCGAUCGAAGAAAUUACGUGCGAAAAAAAUGGCAGGGUGUUUCCUAUCUAUCAAUCCAUACCUUCAUGAGCCGUUGGACUAGUAGCCACGCACUUAUGGUUAACCCUGUGUUGUUCGCCCGUCUCUUUGCGCCUGUAAGUUCGAUCGACAUGUUUGCCCCGUGUGCGUGUGCGCGUAAGGGAACGCACCCAGCAGGGCCAGCGUGUGCAAACUUCUUCACUUGUUUUCGGCGGUUGACUUUACCCGACGCAGUCGAGGUCGUUGCGCAUGCCAUGUGCACACUUGCUUCCGUUCUGUGCGGUUUCAACGAGGUGUGUGUUACUAACAUUUGACUACCGGCUACAGCGCGUUGGAAAAGUAGCCGCUAUUUACGUUGCAAGUCAGCCUGGGACUGCGGUUUUAAGAAUCCGUGUUGUUCCGUUAUUCGCUUAAAGCUACCGUAUUGUACAACCGAUGUUGUGGUACAAACUUGUUGGCACUGUUCAGGGAUUGCCUUCUUUUUUUGCGGGUGGGUUUUGCUAGUGUUGUUAAGGUAUUAUACCUGAAGGCCCAUUAGGAAAAAACGUGUUGGGUUUGGAACACCACUAUCCGGUGCUCGUUCAUUGCCUGGUAUGUGUGUGGCUGCCCUGGCUCAACUUCGUUGUUUCGAGGACACGUGGGAUUCAGCGUUGCUGAACGGUGUGUCGGAGGUUGCUGAGGGCAGGGUGAUGGAGAGGUGCUGGUCCGCUCUUGUACGUCGGUUUUUAGACCCGGCGUCCCCGGAUGCCUGUGCUCUUUGUUCGUUGCCUAGGUGUCGUGAUCUUUUGACGUCUCUUGGGUCGUUGUUGGGUGCGGUGCCUGUGGCUUGGGUGGAGGCUGCUGAGACUUUUCUUGUUGAUGCCUUGCCGCCCCAACCUCCGCCGGCUUCUGAGGUUGAUGCUCGGCAGGUUUUGGUUCCACGUUUGGGUUGGCAGUUGCCUCAUGUUGGCGCCGUUCCUUUGAGGAAUCUGUCGGUUCGGAUGGCUACAGUUCUUCAGCUUGGGGGUGUGUUUGAGGAACGUGCUAUGUUGCAUGCGGCUUUUAUUCGGGAGGCCCUGGGGUUACCUGCUACCCAGCAGCUUCCUGAGGGUGUAUUGGAUGGCCUUCGUGAUUCUCUCCAGCGUAUUUGGUCGAUUCGUUGGGAUAAUGGUUUCAAGGAAGCGUUUUGGCGUCUUUCUACUUAUGGGGUUCCCUUGCUGGGGAAUUCUCAUAUGUCUAGGGCUCGUCCGGAAUGUUGUGGUUGUGGGUCCGUUGUCUUGGAGGUGUCUCCGCGGUUGCAUUUUUUCUGGGCUUGUCCUGUUGCUCGUGCUGUGGUUGAGCAGCUUGAGGUAUCGCUGGGUGUUGCGGUUCCUCGGGCUGCCUUGUGGUUGGCGUUGCCUCCUUCGGGCGUGCAGCAGUGCGUUUGGCAUGUUGUUGUUAUGGCUGCUUUGUCAGCUAUGGAGGAGGGUCGGCGGUUGUUACGGGCUCGUGUACGUGAGUCUGGUUCUGCGGGUGUUGUGUCUGGGCUUGCUGAUGUGGUGGCCCUGUCUGCUGUUUCCUGGUUCUGGGGUCAGCUUCGGGGUUUUGCUUGUUUGGGUGUUCCCCGUCGGGGAUGGGCUAGGGUUGGCCCUUCUCAUCCUUCCUUACGUAUUGUUGGCGGGCGGUUUUGGGGCGGAGCCCCCGCCGCGAAGCGGCUUCGGGGGGGCUCGCCCCCCAGGGUUGCCCCUGUCCGUGUGUCCGUGUGUCCGUGUGUCCGUAACGUCAAAACAUAUAAACUAGACAAAACUAUUAAUUGCACCUAAUAGAUAUUCGUUAUCUGUAUUCAGUAAAAAUAACUGGAAGCCAAACAAACUUGAUUUCGCAAUAAACAAUUUAUUGACCAGCCAUCGAAAAGGACCACCUCGGCAACACCGAUUAGCGCUCCUCUUUGGUGUGUCCUGGUACCGUAAACAGUAUUUAGUGAAUUGGUAACAGCGGCGUGCCGGCAAAGGGCUACUUGUGAAAGCCGGCGGGAGCAUGCUCGCAUCUACUGUGCUACUCAGAGCCCACACAAUCCUUUGUGACGAUGUUGCCAGCCUUUGCUAUGGGUUUGUGCGUAUGAACUGUAACGCAAACGGGUACGGGGUACCUCGCUUAUAAGCUAACAUGUCAUGUGACGGCGCAAUGGCUGAAGUCCUCCUGAGCACGAUGCCGAGAUUGCCGAGCCUGACCUCCUCAUCAUGUUAGUAAUGCGUAACCUAACAAUGUGUGCAAUGAGUGAGGACACUAUGUACGCCAUGGGUGAACAAGGCGGCCGGCCUCGGCUGGACAAGGGGCUUUGAGCCCGUCUAGCCAUGCAACGAGCACUAAACUACAGUAAACAAGGGGGUUCAGCGUCCGUGUAACAAGUUGUGUUAGAAUGCGAAAGUGCCGUGGAGCCACAGGAGCGCAUUCCAGGUCUAUAAGGCCCAUAGGGUUGUGCGUCGCACUUGAGUCGUUCCACUCCCUUGUAAUAAUCGCAUUCAUCCCAGUGGUAAUAAUACGUUCCCGUACUGAAGAGGAGGGGCUCCGCCCUUUUCCAGCUUUGAGGAAGCUGAACCCACUUGUCUGUGUGCCGUUGAGCGUCCUGAUUUGGCCCUGUCUUUGGGGUGGUGUGUUCGUGGCUUCCGGUUUGGGUUGUCUUCUGCCCUAGAUGAAGUUUGUCGAGGUUUGCUGAGGGGCCCUUUUUUGGCUUCUACCCUCUUGUUUACCUCCUGUGGUUUCUUUUAGGGCUGUGUUUCCCAUCUUGUUGGCCCGUUGUGGUGCUGCCUCUACGGUUUGUUCCGUUUCUUUUGCAAUGUAGGGUUGGGUUCAUCACCCGUGUUCCCUUUUAGGGCACCAUUGUAACGGUCAAUACCUACG